GUGCGCGCUAGUCGAGGUCCGGUACUGUGUCGAAUCGAGCUGUCGAAUCGUUGGAUCCCCGUUUUGUUAUGUAAUUCUCUCACUCCCUUUCAUUCUUUCGUUUGGUGUCAUCGUUUCGAGUCCGUGCGCUCUCGUAGGAAAGUCUUCCUUUAGCUGUGGUGUGUGUGUCGAAUCGACAGAAUCCAUUCUCGUGUAGCUGUUGGACAUCGUACGGGACAAAACGUAACUCGCCUUCAGGAUGGGGGCGAUGUUCAGGAGCGAACAGAUGGCUCUCUGCCAACUGUUCAUUCAGCCAGAGGCAGCCUACCUUUCCGUCUCUGAGCUCGGUGAAACUGGUACGGUGCAGUUUCGUGAUCUCAACGGAAAUGUGAAUUAUUUUCAACGAAAGUUCGUCAACGAGGUGCGUCGGUGCGAUGAGAUGGAAAGGAAGCUUCGAUACAUCGAGGCUGAAGUGAAGAAGGACGGCGUACCGAUCGUGGACAACCUCGCGGAACUACCACGGGCACCAAACCCACGUAUGAUCAUAGAUCUCGAGGCCCGUCUCGAGGAAACGGAGAACGACAUACUAGAGCUGAGCCAAAACGCAGUGAACCUGAAGAGUAACUAUCUAGAGUUGACGGAAUUACGGCAUGUCCUCGAGAAGACCCAAAUAUUUUUCACGGAGGAAGAGGCCAAUGACUCGAUCACGAGGACCCUAAUUCACGAGGAACCACAGAAUCCAAACUUGACGAGUACGGGGCGCCUUGAAUUCGUUGCUGGGGUAAUAAACCGAGAACGAGUGCCAGCUUUCGAGAGAAUGCUGUGGCGAAUAUCCCGUGGUAACGUUUUCUUACGACAAGCUGAACUCGAGGAACCGCUAGAAGAUCCAGCUACUGGCAAUCAGAUAUUUAAAACGGUCUUCGUCGCGUUUUUCCAAGGAGAACAACUGAAGAGCCGCAUCAAGAAAGUUUGCACUGGUUUCCAUGCGUCUUUGUACCCCUGUCCCAAUACCCAUGCAGAGCGGGUAGACAUGGUCAAAGGGGUUCGAACGCGGUUGGAAGACUUGAUCUUGGUUUUAAAUCAAACGCAGGACCAUCGUCAACGAGUGUUGCACAACGUGGCUAAAGAAUUGCCCAACUGGACGAUCAUGGUUCGAAAGAUGAAGGCAAUUUACCACACGAUGAAUCUGUUCAAUAUGGACGUGACCAAGAAGUGCCUUAUAGGGGAAUGUUGGGUACCUGUGGCAGAUCUUCCUAUUGUCAGGAACUGUCUCACUGAGGGAUCGCGCCUCUGUGGUAGUUCCAUACCAUCUUUCCACAACGUCAUAUACACGAACGAGAGCCCUCCGACGUUUAAUAGGACGAACAAAUUCACCAGGGGUUUCCAAAAUUUGAUCGACGCCUAUGGGGUGGCGUCGUAUCGUGAAGUCAAUCCGGCCCUUUACACGAUUAUCACUUUCCCUUUCCUAUUCAGCAUCAUGUUCGGCGAUUCUGGACAUGGUUUAAUUAUGACCCUGUUCGCUGUAUACAUGCUCGUAUUGGAGAAGAAGUUUCAGGCGCGAAAGUCGUCGUCCGAAAUUUGGAAUAUAUUUUUCGCCGGACGUUACAUUAUUCUUCUCAUGGGUUUGUUUUCCAUUUACACUGGCAUCAUCUACAAUGACGUGUUCUCAAAGCCAUUAAAUAUAUUCGGGUCUAGUUGGUAUAUAACGUACAACGAAAGUACAAUCAUCAGCAAUGAAUUUCUUCAAUUGAAUCCGACUACCAAGGAUUACUACCAAGUGCCUUAUCCCUUUGGUGUGGAUCCUGUUUGGAUGCUAGCCGAGAACAAAAUCAUAUUCUUGAAUUCGUACAAAAUGAAGCUGUCAAUCAUUUUCGGUGUCGUGCACAUGAUCUUUGGCGUGUGCAUGAGUAUCCCCAAUAUUAUGCAUUUUAAGAAAUACUCGAGCUUGUUCCUCGAAUUUUUGCCACAACUGAUUUUCCUUAUUGUGUUAUUUUUCUACCUAGUAUUGUUGAUGUUCAUUAAAUGGGUCUUAUACAAUCCAUUGUCAACAGUUCAGACGUAUCAACCUUCGUGUGCACCAUCAGUCUUAAUUACGUUUAUUAAUAUGAUACUGAUGAGCCAAACUAAAAUGCCACCGGGAUGUUCAGCGUAUAUGUUUGAUGGUCAGCAUGAAUUACAGUUGGUUUGUUUCGUAGUUGCAGUGAUAUGCGUGCCCGUGAUGCUUUUUGGGAAACCAAUUCUUUUCCUAAUAACGAAUAGGAAAAAACAAAAUGGAAAAGUUCUGAGCAACGGAACACCGUCUCAAGACAUCGAAUUGCAAACUGCGGAGCUGCAAAAUAACCCUUCUACCAGCGAAGCUACCGAAAGUCACGAAAUGGAUACGUUCGGUGAGGUUAUGAUACACCAAGGUAUUCAUACCAUAGAAUACGUCCUCUCAACGAUAUCUCACACUGCCUCUUACCUGCGUCUUUGGGCCUUGUCGCUGGCCCAUGGACAGCUUUCCGAAGUUCUGUGGACGAUGGUGUUGAGAAAAGGCUUAGGUGCCACUGAGAAUAAUUAUAUACAGGCUGUCUUUUUAUUCGUCACCUUCGCCGCCUGGGCCUUCUUCACCAUUGCCAUCCUCGUGAUGAUGGAAGGGCUUUCAGCCUUCCUUCAUACACUCCGACUCCAUUGGGUGGAAUUCAUGAGCAAAUUCUACGAUGGCCAAGGUUAUCCCUUUCAACCAUUUUGUUUCAAAACUAUCUUCGAUGCCGAAGACUCCGAAGACUAGACCGCUGCCGUGGUCCUCAGCAAUAACUACGAUUAGCUAUAUUUAUCGUGUAUAAACCAAAAGACUUGUUUUCAUUUUACAAUCAAUUCGGCGAUGUUAAGUGAAACACGUGGGAAAAGUUGUUUUAGGAAAUUUUUGUGAAGUAUCCUUAUGGAAUUUCUUAGUUUAACCGGAUUGUGUUUAGGCGAAAUAUCGACUAUCGCAGAGGCAAUCUUUAAUCGAAGAUAUUUGUAUCGUUUCCUUCGAAUCGCAAAGAAGAUCGUAUGACGACAGUAUUUGAUGUGUUUUGUAUAAAAUUACGAAAAUUUAUAGAUACAAUAAGCUUUUGACAUCCUUUUCGGAUAUACUUCGUACAAAGAUAUCUUGCGCUUAUGAUCAUCAAUAGUCAUCAUUUAUCGAUUGCUUUCGAAACUUGCGUCGUAUUGUUAAAUACACACGUUCGGUCUACGUUUAAAUGCCAUACUCCAGCUGUAUAUUAAAUUAUUACGCGAUAAUUAUUAUACAGUGUUCCGAUAGAAACGAAACAUCAACUAAUAAUGAGGAACCUUCAAUCGACCAAUACGUUAACAGAAUAGAAAGUUAAUGGAAUGUUGUCUUUUUAAAUUGCAGGUCAUAAGAGAAAUAUUUGUUGUUUAGUUAAAUGUCAGUGUUCAAUUGUUUUCCAUUUAUAACGAGUGAUAUUCAUAAAUUUAUUAUGAAACAAGAAAAACGUUACUUUCACACAGAC